GGCAUUAUGUUAGUCUACGACAUCACCAAUGAGAAAUCGUUCGAGAACAUUCGGAACUGGGUCAGGAAUAUCGAAGAGCACGCCUCUCCGGAUGUCGAGAAGAUGAUCUUGGGAAACAAAUGCGAUGCAAAUGACAAAAGACAAGUGUCCAGAGAGCAAGGGGAGAAGCUCGCUGCCAGCUUCGGAAUUAAGUUCAUGGAGACCAGCGCAAAGGCAAAUAUAAACAUAGAGAACGCAUUUUUCACUCUGGCAAGAGAUAUCAAAGCAAAAAUGGACAAGAAGUUGGAAGGCAACAGCCCCCAGGGCAGCAACCAGGGCGUCAAAAUCACACCGGAGCAGCAGAAGAAAAGCAGCUUUUUCCGAUGCGUUCUUCUGUGAGGGACACGGCCUUAACCUGAGCGGCUGCUCCCCGAGCUGGACUGUGCCUGUUCCCGGUGAGCUUUCCUCUGGCUGUGGACUUUGCAUUCUCAACCUUGUCACGUUGUGACCAUACGAGUAAGAAAUUGUUUAUUUUA